AUGGUGAACGAGCUCCGCAUCCCUGAAGCACACUGGUGGACAACGAUGGUCCAAAAUGGGACUGCUGCGGCAGGCUCCCCCUGCCGCUACACGGGCCAGAUGUAUGAUUUUGUGGCUACACCGUCUAAACUGAGAGACCCGCAGCUUGAAGACAAGAUGAUGCCCACAUCCCCGGAUGGGGAGAGUGUGGGAGAAACCAAGGCGGAGGGUGAUUCUACGGGAGAGCUAACCCUAAUUUAG